AUGUCGUCAAAACAGAAGGUGAUGGUCCAGCCCAUCAAUGUCAUCUUCAGGUACUUGCAGCAGCAGAGCCGCGUCAGUAUGUGGCUAUAUGACAAUCUGGACACGAGAAUAGAGGGUAAAAUCUCGGGCUUUGACGAAUUCAUGAACGUCGUAAUGAGCGAAGCAUCAGAAGUGAACAUUAAAAAAGGCGAGCGAACAGAGCUAGGGCGAAUUCUUCUCAAAGGCGACAAUAUUACACUCAUCCAGCCACUAUAG